ACUCGCCAUGUGGCAGCUGCCCUUCUGGAGCCACCUGCAAUACCACAGUAGAAGUAUCGCAACGUGCCCUUGCUCCGUACUGUUUGUGUCCUGCCGGCUAUGCCAUGACCCCAGACGCUUGCAUCAAAGGUGGCAAGUCUACGGUGGGAGCAGCUAGUAUGACGUUCGUCAACGACAACGUAAUAGACGGGGGAUCCCGCCCGUACACUGUGCGCGCCAACCUCAAUGCAUGCACGCCAGUUCCCAAGGAGAGGGUUGGCAACUUCACGAGACGAUUCAUUGUGUACGAUGCAAACGACGGCACGCCACUGUUCAGCAGCCGCGAGUUCUGGAGCGGCGACAACUGUACAGGGGAACUUCUGUUCCAAAGGACUAUGCCAACCAUUCCUUUACUAGCAGAACUCGUCAG